AUGAUGGAAAUCGAACAAGAAGAAGAACAAAUAGAAAAAGAAUAUCAACCAAAUCGUGGUGGAAGAAAACAAGUUAAAAUAGGUACAACACGUCGAAAUGCUCGUGAAAGAAAUCGUGUUCGUCAUAUAAAUGCUUGUUUUGAAAUUCUUCGUCGACAUAUUCCACAUGAAAUACAUAAGAAAAAACUUUCUAAAGUUGAUACACUUAAAUCAGCUAUGAUUUAUAUUGAAAAUCUUCGUCAGCUUCUUCAAACAACAACAACAACAACCACAACGACAACAACAGCAACAGCAACAAUGAUUUAUCCCAAUCAACAAUCAAAUAUUGUUAUACCAAUAAAUAUUAAAAAUGAAGAUAUAUAUUAUUGGCAUGAUCAAGAUUAUAAAUCAGAAUAA